AUGCGGAUGGACUCAUCGGCUGGCGGCUUCUUCUUCUCCUUCGGGUCUUCCAGCACGACCGAUAGGUGCCCUGGUGCCACCACCGUGGACGCUGCCGAUUCUACCAGCUCCACGCUGGGCACCGCCGUGCCUUCUCCGCCAGCGUGGCCGCCCGCAAAGACAUCGACGGCGACCUUUCCGUGGGUUUCCCUGGACUCCGACACGCUGCAGGAGUGGGCUGCCGGGUACUGCUGCGCGGCACCAAGCAAUCAUGUGAAGUGCAGCCUCUCAACAAAGCCCUUGCAGCUGAAGCUUCGUGCGGCCUUGCCAGCGAGCGCUCCAGGCGACGCCUCCUCAUCCGCAGACGUAAACAGACCGAACAUCUUUACGCUAUGCUACCAGACCUCUCCAGAGGUGGAUGCGCUGACAUCCGUGGCCGCCACACAGACGCCAGAGAUGACGCCAUCGAGCUCGGCCAAAAGGGAGCGUCGCGACGUGAUACCAGGGCAAUACUACGGCGGGCUGAAGGUGUGGUCUUGCGCUGUGUUGCUCGCCGAAUACCUGGCCAACCACGCCGCACAGUACCGCAGUCUCUUUGAGGCUGCGGCGGUGGUCGCAGAGCUUGGGUGCGGUCAAGGACUUCCCGGGCUGGCAGCCAUGUGCCUUGGAGCGCGGCGCGUGGUGUUUCAAGACUACAACGAGGAAGUGCUCAAUGUGUGCACGAAGCCGAACGUGGCGGCCACAGUUUGCGCAAACGAAAGUCUCCAGCAGUCACGAGGCGGCGUUGGCACAACGCCGCUACUGCACGCCAAAUUCGUUCACGGUGACUGGGUUGAUCUCUCUUGGGAGUCCCAAGGCGCUGCCUCCUCCUCUGUCGGCCUCGAAGCCUUCUGCGACGUCAUCCUUGGCUCUGACGUCACCUUUGACAAGGGUGCGUGCGACAAGCUUGCCUGCGUCUUACAUCGCUGGCUGCGGCCCUACACAGGAACCGCUAUCAUUGUGUCAAAGGACUACUACUUUGGCACCAACGGCGGCUACCUGGAGUUCACCAAGUCCGCAGAGCCGUACGGGCUGCGGGUGGAGCUGUUGAAGCGCGUGGACACGGCAGACAAGAUGCCGCAUGUGGUGCUGCGUGUCACUCACGCGGCAUAG